AUGAUACCAACCAAAAAUGAAGUUUCACAUAUUCUUGCUGCUUUACAAAAGGCACAACACGAUCAACUGAUAAUUAAAACGGCUAUUAGGGAAAGAUUGGCAGUUGCGAUAGAGGCGAGUGAUGAUUCAAAAGUUAGAACAUCCAAAACAAAAAUAGAACAAAAACCUUUAAAUAUACUUGAAAAUGAAUAUCAAAAGCUUUUCUCAAAUAUAGUUCAUCUUUCCGAACGUCACGCUUUAGCUACUUUAAUUUACCGUCUAUCCAACCCAUACGAAACACUAGAUCCUACUUUGAUAACAAUAAAUAAUGACAUUCCAUCGUUGGCUUCUUUAUGGCCUAACACUAAAUCACGUGACAUAAACACAACUACAGAACAAGAAAGCAAGCAUCGACGAAAAGAAAUGAUGCGAUUGAAUGAAUCUUUACUUGAUUUACCAGAAGUCUUGAUUAAUAGUAUAAAACGGAAUAAAGAUGGAUCACAACUGCAAGACAAAGAUACAGGGAAUUUAUUAGUAGAUUGGUAUUGGCUAAUUUUGUCAAUAGACUGUCUUUUAUCAGAUUUGAUUGCAUUUGAUAUAUCAUAUUCUCCUAAAGUCAUUUUGAAACAGCCAAAGAUAAACUCCAGAUCAGAAAAUAAUACCAUAGUGAAACAACUUCAAUUCAGUACACGACAUUCGGGGCAUGUUAUUGUUGUACGAAUCAUUUCAAGAAAUUUGUCGUCACAAUAUUCGAUACAAUUUGAUUAUCACCUGUCGAAAUCAUUUUAUGCUUUUACAUCAUUUGUUUUACAUAAAAAUCGAGAUGUUCUCGAGAUAUCCGACGCGACAAUUACAGGGAAGUUAGUACCAUCCUCAUUGCCCGAGUUUAUUAAUUCAAUUAUAUGGCCAGAGAUGGCGGAAGAGUUUGGUAUUAAUUGA